CAUUUGAUCCAGAGGUAUUUUUCAACAUUUUGCUGCCUCCAAUUAUUUUCCAUGCUGGAUACAGCUUAAAGAAGAGACAUUUUUUCAGAAACCUUGGGUCGAUUCUGGCCUAUGCCUUCUUGGGGACUGCUGUUUCCUGCUUCAUUAUUGGAAAUCUUAUGUAUGGAGUGGUGAAACUCAUGAAGAUUGUGGGCCAGCUCUCUGAUAAAUUUUACUACACAGAUUGUCUCUUUUUCGGAGCAAUUAUUUCUGCCACUGACCCAGUGACUGUGCUGGCAAUAUUUAAUGAGCUGCAUGCAGAUGUGGAUCUUUAUGCUCUUCUGUUUGGAGAGAGUGUCCUGAAUGAUGCGGUUGCCAUUGUACUAUCCUCGUCUAUUGUUGCCUAUCAACCAGCAGGACUAAAUACUCACGCGUUUGAUGCUGCUGCCUUUUUUAAGUCAGUUGGCAUUUUCCUAGGUAUAUUUAGUGGCUCUUUUACCAUGGGAGCUGUAACUGGUGUUGUUACUGCUCUAGUGACCAAGUUUACUAAGCUGCACUGCUUCCCCCUGCUGGAGACAGCGCUUUUUUUCCUGAUGUCCUGGAGCACGUUUCUCCUGGCUGAAGCCUGUGGGUUUACAGGUGUUGUAGCUGUCCUUUUCUGUGGGAUUACACAAGCUCAUUACACAUAUAACAACCUGUCAGUAGAAUCUCGAAGUCGAAGCAAGCAGCUUUUUGAGGUGUUACAUUUCCUGGCAGAGAACUUCAUCUUCUCCUACAUGGGCCUGGCACUGUUCACCUUCCAGAAGCAUGUUUUCAGCCCCAUUUUCAUCAUCGGUGCUUUUGUUGCCAUUUUCCUGGGCAGGGCUGCACAUAUCUACCCACUCUCCUUCUUCCUCAACUUGGGCAGAAGGCAUAAGAUUGGCUGGAAUUUUCAACACAUGAUGAUGUUUUCAGGCCUAAGAGGAGCGAUGGCAUUUGCACUGGCCAUCCGUGACACGGCAUCCUAUGCCCGCCAGAUGAUGUUCACAACCACACUGCUCAUUGUUUUCUUUACUGUGUGGGUCAUUGGUGGAGGCACAACACCCAUGUUGUCAUGGCUCAAUAUAAGAGUUGGUGUGGAGGAACUCUCUGAAGAGGACCAGAGUGAGCAUCGAUGGCAGUACUUCAGAGUUGGUGUUGACCCAGAUCAAGACCCACCACCUAACAAUGACAGCUUUCAAGUCUUACAAGGGGAUGGCCUGGAGUCUAUUGGAGGAAGCCGGACAAAGCAGGAAAGUGCAUGGAUAUUCAGGCUGUGGUACAGCUUUGAUCAUAAUUACUUGAAGCCCAUUCUCACCCACAGUGGUCCACCGCUCACCACCACUCUCCCAGCUUGGUGUGGCUUGCUAGCUGGAUGCCUGACCAGUCCCCAGGUGUAUGAUAAUCAAGAGCCUCUGAGAGAAGAUGACUCUGAUUUCAUCCUGACGGAAGGUGACCUCACCUUGACCUAUGGAGAUAGCACAGUGACAGCGAAUGGCUCCUCAAGCUCCUACACAGCCUCCACAAGUCUAGAGUGUGGUAGGAGAACAAAAAGCAGCUCUGAGGAAGUGCUUGAGCGAGACCUGGGAAUGGGAGAGCAGAAGGUUUCCAGCCGGGGAACCCCCCUCGUGUUUCCACUGCAGGAAAAUGCAUGACUUACUUGUAAAUCUUGAGGGAACAGGGAGGCUCUCAUAGGGGUGAGGAUGGCCAAAUGCCCCAGUGUGUUUGAUGUGUUGCACUGACCAUGUUAAAACUAAUGCUUCUGUUUCAAUGGGGCCUAAAACUAUCUUACCACUCAAAACUUAACCUAAGACUCAGAUGGAAAAGUUGAAAUGUCUCUAAAUUCAAGACAAAUGCA